AUGAAUGCUGGUAAUUGGAUGAAAAGGGUCUUUCCAGUAAAGCAAAAGGAUAUGAAGAGUGAUAAAUGUGUUCAAUUAAUCAGAGCGGAAAAUCUAGAUGAAACUGCUAAUGAUAUUGGUCAAGCUCGAGAGCAAAUUAUUGCAAGUACAAAUCAGCAGUCAGUGGCAGUGAAAGACACUACUGAACGCUCUUUCGCUACCCUAACAGCCAACAAUCCGUUCAGGUUUUCUUCAUCCAUUCAGGAUAAAGAUCGAACUGAAAAUCAAACACGUUACUCUGCUGACAAUUCUCAAUUGUCUGCUCAUAGUCAGCGAACUAAUCAGCCUACAUCAGAUGGUAAUAUAAGAAUUCAGUCGGUAAUUAUCCAAGUUGAUGGGCCUGAUCAUUAUGAUUGGUAUGCUACAAAAGGAGCUUGA